GCAUGAUCCAGAUUGAGAGAGCCGCCCUCAAGCUGACCUGCUGCGCGGACACAGCGGCAUGGACUGCCCUUUUGAACGACCGCGAAGACUUCAGCCAUGCCAUGGGGAAGGCUUUGCUCAAAUUCAUCCCCUUCGUACCCGUAUUGGACAAUCUCACAGACGCUGCAUGUGCAUUUACAGCUCGGUACCCCGUCGUCGCCAUCGAUCUGUGGGCGUCCCUGUUGGUGUUUGAGCACGCACACACCAACACGUCCGAGCUUCGAAACUGGGUGCUGCAUGUGCUCAACUUGACUGGCGUGGCGUUCAUGCCUCUCGAGCCCUCGCAAGUGCAAACGCUCCUGCGGGCCUGCGCCACGGCCACGACUACCACACGACGACGCCACAUUGCCAACCGGAUACAUGCAUUUCAGGCCACAUUGACCGAAGCCUUCCAGUGCGAACCGGCGGUCGCGGACUCCAAGUCGUCGGACGUGCUGACCUACCUCGACAACUUGGCGAUGAACGUUGGUAGCCAUGCCACGAAAGGUCUGGAAUGGGCUGUGGACUUCACCAAGCGGCGAUGGGCAACCGAGUGGAAAAGCGAUCCUCAGGUGGUACAUCGCAUCAAAUUGCUGGCUUCAAUGCACCCCGAGCUGUUCCAGGCCAUGCUUGAACACUGGGUCGGCCUGGACAUCAUCUCAUUGCGCGAAUGCGACCUCGUGUUUCGGCAUUCCAUUGAAUUCGAAGCAAUUCUCGGCAGCGUGACAGGGCAUCCUGUGGUUCUGCAUCGACUCACGACCAGCACCGUGUAUUGGCAUACGCAAUGCGCCAACGGUGACGCGUGUUACAUUCAGGCUACGCAUCCAACGACCACCCCUCUCAUUGGACCAUUUGCAAAUGUGUGGUCAUCUCCUGUACUACUCGAACUGGACAUCGUCGACACAUUGCUUGUCGAGUUGGACGUGGCGCUCAAGCACUGUCCAUUGUACGCGUUUGCGGCUGUUCUGCUGAGUCUGUGGAACUUGCUCGCACACUUGAACCAGCACCACGAACGCUAUGCCAGCCAACUGGAUGUAGCCACCCGACUCUUUUUCGUGUCAACAUUGGCCCCCGUGGCGUGCAAAGUGGAAUCGGAGAAGCUCUUUGUAGGGGUCGCGCUGGUCGUAGAAAGUCGCUGGGCUCGGUGGCCGAUGUGGACGCCCCGCUUGACAAAGCGAGCGGUGGAUUUCGUGUCCAACGUCCUGCCAGACUGCCCGACCAACGAAGCCAAGUGGGCAGCCGCCAUGAUCCUCAAACACUUUAUAAUCGACAGCAGAACAUUGCAACACGUUCGAAGGUCGUUGCUGCCCCCGGAAGUACUUGUGAUUCUGCGACAUCGAACGACAACACCGGCGCCACCACUACCGUCGAUGCACAUUGCAGAUGGGGACACCAGCGAUGACGAUUCCUUCCCUGAAGAGUAGGUGUAAUACUGCUUAACCAAGUUAGUG